AUGGUCGGCACGAUGAGAAUGCUAAGGCCGUUGUUUUUUCUUCUAAUACUUGUUUCUUCUGUUUACUCAUACGCACAACCAAGUCCUGAUAUGGAGAAAGUGUUCAUCGACAUUCUCAAUCAUUCAACAUCGACAAAUGAAAGUCUUUCUGUGUUACUUGAUGGGCAAAAUUUGAUUGACAAGAAUCUUCUCGAUCAAUAUAAAAAGUAUGGAGAUCUUGGAAAACAUUACUCAAUCGAUGAUCAAACUUUAUUCAUUUUAUGCGAGCAAUACAACUCAACGAAAUGCACACUAGAAGGGGAUUGCACGAGGAGAAUCGAGAAAUGCUUUUUUGAGAAGAAAAAGAAUGAGCAUCCGUUGAGACCUGGAUGUAUGGCGGCUUUCUCCUACAAUCACACGACGACAAUCGAGAGAAACAAUUGGAAGCUGCAAAUCCCGGCCGAGUCAAUGGAGUUGCGUGGUUGUUGGCCCUACGAUCACAACAUGGUCGACAGUUGUGUUUUUGAAGAUGAGUGUCUCGCUCAUUACUCUGGCCCAAAGCGGCAAGCGCUCUUUUGCUGCUGUAAGACGCAUUUGUGCAACGAUAGGAACAUGACGUUUGUUGCUGAUUCUCUCUACUAUUAUCGAGAGCUCGCUAAGAAAACCCUGUUUGCACGCGGUGAACCGAUUACCGAAGAGAGCUUACAAAAAGAAACCGAGCUCCGGAUGAAAGAGGCCGCGGAAAAUCCGCCAAAACCACCAGGAUCAGAUGGUCCAGAAACAACGAAUUAUACAUCAGUGCACUGGAUAAUCUACUUCUCGAUCGGUGUCCUUCUCUUCAUGCUUCUUUUCUUGCUCAUCAUCUUUGGAUCCUAUCUUUAUCGAGCACACGUUCGAAAUAAACAAUCAAAGACAAGCAGUCGAGCUUCACAUCCAACAACAAUGACUGUUGAGCAGCAGAAAGCGCGAAUGCGUGACGACCGAAUUCGAGCACUUCAAGUUCCAAAUAUUCGAGAGAUUACUAAUCAAGAACGAGUAGCCAUGGGUCGUUUUGCUGAAGUCUUCCGCGCGGAGAUGUUUUUGACUACACGAAACGAGCCACUAACAGUGGCGCUGAAGAAAUUCCGAAUUGGCGAGAUUGAAAGCUUUAUGCAUGAGACGGAGAUUUUCUCACUCUCAACAUGGAAAACCCGACAACAUCCCUAUUUAACUCGCUUUUUUGGCGUUUAUGCACAAGAUGGUCCGAUGGGACAAGAGCUCUCGAUUGUCACCGAAUUUCAGCGACGUGGAUCGUUGUACGAUUUUUGCAAGGAUAGCGUAAUGAGCUUGCAUCACUGUUUGCACAUAUUGGUCACUUUGCUCGACGGUGUCGCAUUUCUGCACGAAGAGGGAAGCAUCGGUAAAGACUACAAAUUCACCAUCGUUCAUCGUGACAUCAAAUCGCGAAACGUUCUGCUGCGCGAUGACUACUCGGCGGUGCUCACCGAUUUUGGGUUGGCGAUGCGCUGUGACAAGCUGAUUCACAGGGGCCACGAGUUGCGCGGAAUGCUCAGCCGGACGACACCAAUUGCUCAAGUCGGAACGUCACGAUAUAUGGCACCGGAAGUGCUAGAAGGAGCCACUGAGUUCUCAGCAGCUGCUUUUCGACAGAUGGAUGUCUAUGCGCUCGCUUUGGUAAUUUGGGAAGUCGUCUCAAGGACUGAAGUCACUCCAGAAGAGCCACUUACUCCAUACAAGAUGCCUUAUGAGGAAGAGGUUGGUAAAAAUCCAAGUCUCGCUCAAAUGAGAGAAGUUGUCGCUACAAAAAAGAUUCGACCAAGAUAUCGUCGAAAAAUCACCGACAAUCCGAUUUUACGUCAAUUGGCAAGCACUGGAGUUGAGAUGUGGGAUCCGGAAGCAGAUGGUCGGAUCACUGCUGGUUGUGCAAUGGAGCGUGUAAAAGAGUUUAUAAAAGAGCUCAGUGGAAGGACGACAUCCGAAGAAGAUCAUCAUGAUAGUGGUGUAUCACUGACAGGCAGUGUGAACUCAGCUUGUGUUGGUGGUUCAAAAGAAACCGGCUCUGGGUGCUCAUCCGGACUUUCGAACACACUCACUUUGGUGCACGAGCCGAACGAGGAUCCACAUGAUGGAAUUGACGAGAAUGUUUUAGAAGAUGAAGAAAUAGAUAGUGAUCACGGAGAAGCUGGAGGAAGACCGCAUUGUGCCACUCCACGACAAUCACCAAUGCUCAAUCGAGAUGGAGCCAUUAACGAAAAACAUGGAAUGUGCUUAGCUUUGUCGCCGCAAUUCGCCUUUCGAAGGCACCUCUAUUCUCUUGGAUCUCAAAAGCCCGUUGCCUGUGCAUCGGAUCAA